AUGUCUGAGAAAUCGCGUAAACCUGGAGUGGAUUUUUCUAUUGAGGAGAAGGGUCAAUUACCUUUAAACUCAAACGACAUUGUAGAAGACCACAAUAGAAAUGUUGCUACUUACUCUAUACCACGAUUAACUCUAGAAAGAUCAUUGUCUAUUAAUUAUCGCACUUUAUCCAUCCAGACUUCGGAUAGUAUCCAAGCUCGAAAAUACCGAAUAAAGAAAGAAAAAAAGGCGGCCACCAUUUCUCCAGAUGAUGAUAUCGCACAACUUAAUUAUCACACCCUUCCGGUCAAUUUGAUCUGGGAACGGUUCGAAUGCAAUAAAAACCUGGGUCUAAACUCUCAAACGGCCGCCUACCAUCUUCAACGCAAUGGUAAAAAUGUAAUCUCACCGCCUAAAAACAAUAUAAUUUAUAAAAUCUUCGGCUAUUUUCUUGGUGGAUUCUGUAGUUUGCUUUGGUUUGCGGCCAUUAUCAUGAUCUUGUCGUAUAAACCAUUAGGCGAGCCAAACCCAUCUCUAAUAAACCUUGCUUUGGGAAUCGUUCUAAUAAUCGUUGUAGUGAUUCAGGCUGUAUUUGCUGCGUAUCAGGAUUGGUCAACAUCAAGGGUGAUGAAGUCAAUUAAAAAUAUGCUGCCUUCUGAAACGCUUGUUAUUCGUGAUGGUCAAGUCCAAAAAAUACCUGCAACUGAUCUAGUCGUCGGAGACCUUGUUCAAAUAAACAUGGGUAGCAAGGUUCCGUCGGAUUUGCGUCUAGUGGAAGUGACAAGUGAUAUGAAAUUCGAUCGAUCAAUAUUGACUGGAGAGAAUGCACCAGUUACCGCCACUGUGGAAGCCACGGAUGACAACUAUCUUGAAACACAAAACAUUGCUUUGCUUGGCACUCAUUGCACUAAUGGAAGUGGAAAAGGUGUCGUCGUUGCCACCGGCGACAAGACCGUGUUUGGCAAGAUUGCAAAGUUAUCAACUGCUACCGAUUCGGAGCCUACGAUUCUUCAGAAAGAAAUAACUCGGUGGGUUGCAUGGCUAAGAGUGUAUUAUUCCGGCUUCCUAACCUUAUCUGGUAUGUUGGUGAAUACUAUUGGUGUCAUAGUCGCCUUUGUACCAGAAGGAAUGCCCGUAGCCGUCACAUUAUGUCUAACAUUGAUCGCCAAGCGCUCAUACCGUCAAAAAAUUUUAUGUAAAACCCUUCCUGUCGUAGAGACCCUUGGGUGUGUCUCUAUUAUUUGCUCGGAUAAAACUGGUACAUUAACAGAGAACAAAAUGUUUAUUAAUAACGUGAGUUUUGUCACCAAGGAGAUGAAACCCCAGGAAUGCAAAGAUAUAUUGAGAACUGACCAUCCGGAAAAAAAGGCAGUUAGAACUCUACAAUUAGCUGCUGGUUUAUGUAAUGCUGCGACAUUUGACGCUGCCUCAAUGACACUCCCAGUACAUGAAAGAGUUAUAAAUGGAGAUGCUACGGAUUCUAGUCUACUCCGUUUCGCCGAAGAUUUGAGAGAAUCAACUGCGGCUGAUCGCCGCGAGUUUAAAACAAUCUUUCAGGUUCCAUUUAAUUCUAAAAAUAAAUAUGUAAUUACCAUUCACUCCAGCAACGGAAAUGUCGACAACGUUCUAGGAACAUCAGAACUUGUAUAUUUUUGCAAAGGUGCUCCUGAAGUUUUGUUGGAAAGAUGUUCUUUUUAUCUUCAUCCAGAUGGUAGUGAAAAGCCGCUUGAUCAUGAAAGUAGAAAUCUAUUUGAGGUUAUUCAGGAUUCAUGGUCAAGGAAGGGUCAGCGUGUACUUUUGUUAUCCAAAAGAAUUAUUCCAUCACACAUAUUCCCUGGGAAUACUAAAAAUGAUGUCGAAAUGACAGAUUUAGCCUUAUCAUUUAAUAAGGAUUUAUGUAUUAUUGGUUUGGUGGGAAUUAUCGAUCCGCCUCGCGCAGAAAUUCCUGAAGUUGUCAAAAAAUGUCGUAAGGCAGGAGUCAGAGUUUUCAUGGUUACAGGUGAUUAUGCCUUGACAGCGGAAACAAUAGCCAGGCAGUGUGGCAUUCUAACCACUGAUAAAGUGGAUGACAUUAAUAAUAUCAUUAAAAAGGAAGACAUUGGCGAGACGUCUACGUUUCGUCGAAAUUUAGAUUCUGAAGAGGAUGAUUAUCAAUUGAAUGUCAAUUCACUUAGUUUAACCGGAAAAGACCUUUUCAAUGCAAAUUUGACUUCUAAACACUGGGACGCCAUUGCAAAUUAUUCGGAAAUAGUUUUUUCUAGAACGACACCAGAACAAAAAUUGAAAAUUGUAACUGAACUUCAAAGUCGAGGCAAUGUCGUGGGAGUGACCGGUGAUGGAGUGAACGAUGCACCAGCAUUAAAACAAGCGAAUAUUGGAAUUGCUAUGGGUCUGGGAUCUGAUUUGGCUAUAGCAGCAGGAAAUAUGGUUUUACUGGAUAACAAUUUUGCAUCAGUCGUCAUGGCUAUGGAAAAUGGUCGACUUGUGUUUGAUAAUUUGAAGAAAGUUAUAUUGUAUCUUUUGCCAGCUGGAUCUUGGUCUGAAAUGUGGCCUGUUUUAGCAAAUGUCUUGCUUGGAAUUCCACUUCCACUAUCACCUUUCCUCAUGAUUGUCGUUUGCUGCAUAACCGACAUAUUCCCAUCGCUAUCCCUUACGCAUGAAAAACCCGAAUCGGACCUUAUGUCACGAAAGCCACGCAAAGUAACUAGAGACCAUCUUGUAGAUGCCAAAUUACUUUUGCAAGCUUAUGGGUUUAUUGGCAUGACGGAAAUGCUCCUUGCGCAUUGGAUGUUCUUUACGUAUUUAUCCUUUUAUGGUGGUAUAUCUUUUAGAGAUACAGUACUAGCAUUUAACAACUGGGGAGAUGGAUUUAUGGGAAAGACGAUGGACGAACUUAACGAACUCAAUUACACGGGUCAAAGUAUAUACUUUGCAACAUUGGUAAUUACUCAAUUUGGAAACCUCUUAUCCAUCCGAACACGACGCAGAUCAAUAUUCCAAUCAAAUCCAUUUUCAGGGCCAACGAAAAAUUUAUAUUUAUUUGGAGCAAUGUUCAUCUCCCUUAUAACUAUGUUGGUUAUACUUUACGUACCCUUCUUCAAUAAUGUUUUUAAUACAAGACCGAUUCCAGUAAAAUUUUAUUUCAUUCCUCUCGGAUUUGCUGCAUUUAUUCUGAUAAUGGACGAGAUAAGAAAGUUGCUCAUAAGAACCUAUCCAAAAUCAUUCUUGGAUAAAUUAGCUUGGUGA